AUGAAUCGUUUCAAGAAAGGAAGACAUGUCUCCGCCAUCUUCGUCCAUGCUGGCGCAGGCUACCACCGCCGAGACUUCGAGAAACCUCAUAUGAAAGUCUGCGAGGGUGCCGCAAAAGUGGCAAUGUCCGUGCUCCGGAAUGGCGGCUCCGCGGUUGAUGCUGUUGAGGUCGCUAUAAUGUACUUGGAAGAUGCGGAGAUAACCAAUGCAGGCUAUGGUAGCAAUACGACGAUUGAAGGUACUGUUGAAUGCGAUGCCACUGUCGUUGACCAUCUCGGACGCAGUGGAGCGGUUGGAGCCGUUGCGCAGGUAAAGAAUCCUAUCUCACUGGCACGUACUAUUUUGGAUGCCUCCAAAGAGCCUCUGACAUUACACCGUGUUCCUCCAAACUUUCUUGUGGGACCGGGCGCCACGGACUAUGCAUACGAACAAGGCCUAGUAGUACUCCCCCAUGACGGUCUUGUAUCCAGCCCUGCAAGACAGAGAUGGGUUCAGUGGCAACAAGAACUCAAAGAAGCGGACAUUCGCCAAAGAGCUAGGUCUCAGGGCACGAAUGAUGUCGACAAUCUCUAUUAUCGCCGUCCAGUGAAGUCUUAUUACGCCCAAUUCGAGGUGAGCCCUUCGAGCACACAGUCGGCAUCAUCUGCCCCAGUUGAGUCGUCUUCCAUGGAUAGAAGCAGCCCCGGGAUGACCACUGUACAGAGCGCGCACCGAGACGUGCAAGACAGCGGGUGUUCGUCGGUAUCUGAGCCUCACACUCCUCCGCACUCCAACAGAUCGAAGGCUAAGAGUGAUAAUUUGGUGGAUGAAACGCCAUUCAAGAGACAGGCUUCCGGUGCCUUUACCAACACGAUUUACCAUCCCAAUCCACUAAGACCCAACAUGAACCCCGGCGUACUCAUGGAUAUCGAUGUGCCUUCAGCUUCAUCCGGUGGCCGUGGUGACGGGCCCAAGCCGGAUCUUUUCGGCGUCACGGAGGAUCACAUCAGCGAUACCGUGGGGGCUAUAGCUGUAGAUAGCCUUGGCAACAUUGCCGCAGGGUCUUCCUCUGGGGGAAUCGGAAUGAAACACAGGGGCAGAAUUGGGCCCGCUGCCCUUAAUGGCAUUGGGACCUGCGUUAUACCAAUCGAUCCUAAUGACCCCGACAAAACAUGCGUUGCCACUGUCACAUCGGGUACCGGCGAGCACAUUGCUACAACCUUGGCUGCUGAAACUUGUGCAUCACGGAUAUAUUACUCACAUCGAAAACGCGCCGAUGGUUCUUUCGAGGAGGUGACAGAAGACGAAGCUAUGGCAGCGAUGAUUUCAACAGACUUCAUGGGUCAUCCUGGUGUCAGAGCCAGUCACUGCGAAGGAUCGGUCGGUAUCAUGACAGUCAAGAAGACUGUAGACGGCGUUUAUCUAUACUUUGCUCACAACACAGAUUCCUUCGUACUAGCCAAUAUGAGCAGUGAGGACAAGAAGCCUUCCUCGGUCAUGUCUCGCAGUGCUGGACACGGCACCAUUGCGCAAGGAGGGAAAGCGUUUCGUUCAAAGAAAUAUUGA